AUGGCGUCCAAUACGUCGCACGAGGAUGCCGUCAAUCACUUUUCUGACUUGACUGGUGUUUCUGCAAACGAGGCCAAAACGUAUCUCACAACCUAUCACUGGGACAUGGAUCAAGCCCUUCAAGCUUUCUACGAGGACGAAGACGAUGAUACACCCGGCGCCCGCGCUAUGCCUGCACCAGGCCAGGAAGACAGCUACACCGGUCCGCGGACGCUAGAUGGACGUCCGGUUCCUUACUCAUCGGGCGGCACCGCUUCAUCCUCCCAGGCCCCGAAGAAAAGCACUGGGGGCACCAAGCUCAGGACACUGGGCGACCUAUCUGCGCAGGAUGACGAAGACCAUCAAGACGAUGAGGAGAAGCGCCGGAGUCUGUUUGCUGGAGGAGAAAAAUCAGGACUGGCAGUUCAGGACCCGGGUCAAGCCCCACGGGACCUCGUUCGGGACAUUAUUGAGAAGGCACGCCGCAAUGCUGAACGUGGAGGCCCUUCUUCAUCUGGCGGAGCUGCUCCCGAGGCACCAAGUCGAUUUACUGGGUCUGGCCAGACCCUAGGUGGCGAUGGCGUCCCAUCACGUACCAUUCCUGACCCUCGUGGCUCUUCUAUCCCCCGUGAAACCAGCCAACCGCAACAGACCGUAGAGCGCACACUUCACAUGUGGGAGGAUGGCUUCAGCAUCGACGAUGGCCCAUUGCACAGGCUGGAUGAUCCCCGUAAUACCCAGACGCUCAGGAUGAUCAACCAGGGUAGGGUUCCCUUGCACCUCAUGAACAUCAACUACGACGAGCAGGUGGAUGUCAAGCUUGUCAAGCAUGAGGAGAAUUGGCACCAGCUUCCCCGCAUCUACAGACCAUUUGGAGGCGAAGGUCGGCGGUUAGGAAGCCCGGUUCCGGGCGAUGGUAAUGCCGCAGCAUCGAGCUCUGCAACCACAACCCAAGCUCCCGCGUCGAGCUCCAGCAACUCAGCAUCCAAUCCUAACACAGGCCUGGACGAGUCCCUGCCUAUCCUGACGAUCCGUAUCCAGAUGCCCAACGGUGCCCGGGUACCCGCUCGCUUCAAUACGACACAGACAGUGGGCGAUGUCUAUGAGUUUGUGCAAAACGCCUAUCCCGAAACACUCACAAGGAAUUGGGUACUCGCAACAACCUUCCCGAACAAGGAGCACAUUGACCGCUCCACGGUGUUGGGUGAAAUGAACGAGUUCAAGAGGGGCGGAACGGCAGUUGUCAAAUGGGUGUGA